UACCAAAAUAGAAGAUAUAAUAAUCACAAUCGGCUAUAAAUUCAAAGUUUUUGAUAAGCAUAUUAUGAUCAUAUUACUUUGUACUUCAUCGUGAAAUUCAUGGCUAGGAUUGAGUUUCUUAGGCACAUGACACUUGUGUCUUUGAUCGUGCUAAUUUUAUGUACUACUGCUUCCCCAAUAUUUGCUUCAAAGAAUUGUGAUUUUCCUGCCAUUUUCAACUUUGGUGCUUCAAACUCUGAUACUGGUGGAUUGGAUGCUGCCUUUGCAGCACUGUCGUUGCCAUAUGGAGAGACUUAUUUUCAUAGAUCAACUGGAAGAUUCUCUGAUGGCAGAAUCAUCAUUGAUUUCAUAGCACAGAGUUUCGGACUUCCCUAUCUCAGUCCAUAUCUUAAUUCUCUUGGAUCCAAUUUCACACAUGGAGCAAACUUCGCAACAGGAGGGUCAACAAUUAGAAUUCCCAAUAGUAUUAUACCUAAUGGAAUGUUUAGUCCAUUUUCCCUUGGAAUUCAAUACAUUCAAUUCAAAGAAUUCAUAUCCAAAAUAAAAUUCAUUAGGAAUCAAGGAGGUGUAUUUGCAACAUUAAUUCCUAAAGAAGAUUAUUUUUUCAAAGCCUUAUACACAUUUGAUGUUGGUCAAAAUGAUCUUACUGCUGGUUUUUUUGGUAAUGUUACUAUACAACAAGUCAAAGCUACUGUACCAGAUAUAAUAAACAAUUUCAUAGAGAAUAUCAAGAGCAUAUACAAUUUAGGAGCUAGAUCUUUUUGGAUACACAACGCAGGACCAAUUGGAUGCCUUCCUGUAAUUUUGGCUAAUUUUCCUUCCGCUGCAAAGGAUAGUUAUGGUUGCGCAAAGCAAUACAAUGAAGUAUCUCAAUAUUUCAAUCUAAAGUUGAAGGAAGCCUUAGCUCAGCUUCGUGGAAACCAUCCUCUUGCUACAAUCACAUAUGUUGAUAUUUACUCUCCUAAGUAUUCUCUUUUUCAAAAUCCUAAAAAAUACGGAUUUGAGCUUCCGCACGUUGCAUGUUGCGGCUUUGGAGGAAAAUACAACUAUAACAUUCAAGCUAGAUGUGGAGAAACCAUAAACAUAAAUGGUAGCAAAAAAAUUGUGGGUUCAUGUAAAAAACCAUCUACCAGAGUGAUUUGGGAUGGAACUCAUUACACAGAGGCAGCUAAUAAAAUUGUCUUUGAUCAAAUUUCUACUGGAGCAUUCACAGAUAUAGCUUGUCACAGAAAGUUCACUUGAAAUUAUCGACUCUUGUAUAGCCAAAUUACGGUGAACCCUAUUAUUAUUAGCUAGUUUAAAAAUAAUUAUAUAUAAUGUGGUAAAAAUUGAAUAAAAUUAUGUAAUUAGAAGUUGGUAGUGACAUUGCAUGUACUAUGCAGGACCUUCGAAUUAUGGUACUCCCACUUAUUAAACUUAAAAAGGUGAAAUCCUAGCUGAUAGACUACUUGAUAAAAAAAUAAAUAAA